CCGAUGUCCAUAGAUAACAUUUCCUAAAAAGAUUACCCCUUUUGAAAAAAAUACUAUUAAUUUUUGAAUUUCUUCCCUUAAAAUUUGGAACGGAAAAAUUAUGAGUGGAAAAAACGGGUCCUGGGGAUGCAGGGGCUCUGAAAUCAAUAAUGGUGCCGAUCCAUCCAUAUUAAGGAUUUGGAGGGUUCCUUCUGUGGCGAUCCGUACCUAUUCUUGGCUCCAUUAAGGCGCUUUCUCCUGCAGCAAGGAGCACUGCAAUGGCCUUCCCACCUCCAAUUACUAUACUUGCAUGCAUGCCCGAUAUCUGGGAUACCCAAGAAAUGAUGAUGUCGAUGGAUUUCCUGUUUCUGAAUUUUGCAAUCAGAGUAAUGAGGAGUUCUCACUCUGAGGUUAAGCCGGAAAGCAAUGAUGAACAGGAGAACAACCAAAAAAAAUUGUGGCCUAAAAAAUGCAGCUGUUGCAAAAGGAAAGCCUCCCCACGUGAAAGCAUUCAAAUGAUGAAACUGAAGAAGGGAAAUUUGGAUCCAACAUUUCUCAUUUAAGUCAUUACUCAGACGUAGCAGAGAAAUCAAUGGAACCAUUUGUUUCAGUAAUAUCAUUCAUCAUUUUGAUUCUCUUCGGGGUCUCGAGCCAGUGGUUUCCAAGCCCCUUUGGUUGAUGUUUUCAAAACAGCAAUACCAACAGGUAAAACACAGAUCUUAAAGGUCAUGGACAUUUUCUUUGUUACUAGAUUCAUCAUCUUGAAUUAAGUCUGAGGAAGCCCGAAAGAGAAAGCCCAAACAGGACAAUAUUUGUUAGCGGUGGACUUAGGCUAUUACAGCUAUGAACUUCAGCCAGUGUGUUUACAUACGAAAUAAGCACUAGUCUCCCAACGAUAUUUAAGCAGAUCCUUUUCGUUGCCUGCCAAGGCAUAGUCCUUUAGUUGUAGAUAUCCACUCCAUUUUGUUUUCAUUUGAAUGUGAGUAUCAACAGCCUCAUCUGUUCUUGCUUCUCACCUACUACUUAUAUUUCAAGACUGAUAUGAUUGAUUUGAUUUUAGGGGUAACAAGAGAUCAUAAAUGGUUCAAUCUGGGAUAGCUCGGCGCGUUUCGGCUACGUUGCAACCUGCUGCUUCAAGUCUCAUCUGUGAGUAUAACUGUUUCCCCAAUCAAUCAAUAAAUCAUGUUCUUGAAAUAUGAGUUAUAGGAAUGAAGUUACUCUGUCACCAUUGCUUCUGA